AUGAAAUUCACAAAUAAUAUAAUAAUCAUUGCAAUAGUUGCUAUGAUGAUGAUGAAUUACAAUGUAGUAGAUGCAUCAUCAUAUGUUUCAAUUCAAGAAUUCCCAGAUAAUAAUUGUACAGGUGAAUAUUUUGCACAAAACUAUGCUAUUGUUGGCACUUGUAAUCAAGGAGCAAUGUAUUCGUGUGAUGGUGUUACUGCGACUCGUACAAUGUACAAAAACGACGAUUGUUCUGGUAGUUCAUGGCAGCAACAAUCAUACAACAUUGGUCAAUGCACAGGAUUCCCUGAACUCGAUCAAGUAGGAUAUACCAUAUGGGAGUGUGUCGACAACUACACCAUUCCUGCCAACAGCUCAAACACCAUUGUUUAUCUGGGAUCGUGUGAAACACCUUGGAAUGAAAACCCUGUCUUGUGGGUCAACGCACUCAAGAAUAACCACUGUUUUCCACAAACUGGAAUCCCUCCAGGUUCUGGUAUGGUGCGUUGCAAGAAUAACAAAGGAUUGAUGGAUUUCACUUAUCCUCAACGUGGAUGUAAAGGUCAACCUGAAACUGACUUUGAACCAUUUCAAAAGUAUUGUAAUGGUGAUAUUGCUCAUGAUUUUGUUUGUACACAUUAA